CAGGGCUCAUUUGUAUGCUAGACUCGUUUCUGUGGUUAUAUAAACCGACUGGACCCCUUCUCCGCAAACAUUGGACCUUGCCUGAGUAAGGAAAGAGCCGACUAUGAAGAUCCUGUUCGUUCUUUGUCUCCUGGUAGCGGCCUGUGCUGCCUACUGGCACGGAUGCAAAGGUAAACAUUGUCGUCGCUAUGGUGGCUACGGUGGAUAUAGAGGCUACGGCGGCUACGGUGGAUAUGAAGGCUAUGGCGGCUACGGUGGAUAUGGAGGCCAUGGCGGGUACGGAGGUUACGGUGGUUAUCGUGGCAUCGGAGGCUAUGGUGGUGGAUACGGAGGCUAUGGUGGAUAUGGAAUGUAUGGUGGUGGAUACGGAGGCUAUGGUGGCUUUGGUGGCGGCUAUAGAAGGUACCAUAAAAAACCAUGCAAGUGGUGUUAUAGAGGUUAUGGAGGAUACGGCGGAUAUGGUGGUUAUGGUGGCUACGGAGGUUAUGGAAGUGGCGGUUAUGGAGGCUACAGAGGUUAUGGCGGAUAUGGAGGAUACGGCGGCUAUGGAGGCUAUGGUGGUUAUGGAGGGUACGGUGGCUAUGGAGGCGGCUAUGGUGGAUAUAGAGGUUAUGGCGGCUACGGACGUAGCUACAAAUGGCCAAAGAAGGGUUAAUACAAAGACCAUGAGAUCAGAAAACUUGGAGUGCCUUUGACCGAAUCAGAUUUAGGACAACGCAUUACAUACACAAACUGAUAGAAUUACAAAACUAUUAAAUCUUGCAAGUUACAA